AUGAAAAACAAUAGUGUUUCUCGUGAGGCUCGCAGAAAGCGUAAAAGCAAAAAAAGUAAAACAUCCCAACAACGUAAAGCCCGACUUGCUCAUGAAUGCGAAAGAAAAUGGCAAAAAAAAAUGCAGAAGACCAGUGAAGAGUGCGAAGUGCGUAUGUCACGUGAACGCGAUAGAAAACGGAAAGAGAGAGAAAUGGAAACUAAUGAGCAACAUGAAGAAUAUCUAAAUUAUCAGCGUCAUUUUCGUGAACAAAUUAAACAACAAAAUCUGUCACGGAUAAUUGAAGAACUGGAUCCAAUUAUAAACACUCAGAGGAAUUGUAGUCAUCAUCAAACUGACAUUAACACCACAAAUAUUGAAGCAGUUUUCUCUGCUGAACUUACUGAAAUAGAUCGUGAUCUAUUAAAAAAGUUUCGCACUAAAAUGAAUAAUCUUAAACACACUCUUUGUCCUGUAUGUAAUAAGUGCUUUCCGUCAAUAGUGUUAGUUAAGGGUGAAUGCAGGUGUUGUUACAAUGAGAAAAGUACGCCAAAAAAAUUCUCAGCAGAAAAUAAUAUGGACCCUAGUGAUAUGCCCAAAGAACUUAAAGGUCUUACCGAAAUAGAAGAGAUGCUUAUAGCACAAGUUUUUCCAGUAAUGUCUGUAUAUAGACUUCGCGGAGGACAACUGGGGUAUCGUGGUAAUGUUAUAAAUUUUCCCCAGGACAUACGAGAGUUUACUACUCGCCUUCCUCGGCAUCCAUCUUCAUUAGAUAUACUGAUUGUGCGUCGUCAGUCUGGAGAUUCAACUUCUUUUAGGGACUUCAAUUUUUGGC